CACACACACACACACAGAGAACCAGGAAGUAACUCCUCAUUUCAGAGAAAACAAAAUUCAUCUCUCUUUCUCCCUCUCAGCGUGUGAGUUCAGGAAAAUGGCAGAGGCCAGUAUUUCAGUAGAUCACUUUUCAGUAGAUCAGUUCAGCUGUCCAGUGUGUCUGGAUCUCCUGAAGGAUCCGGUGGCUAUCCCCUGUGGUCACACUUACUGUAAAGUGUGUAUUAAUGGCUACUGGGAUCAGGGGGAUCAGAAGGGAGUCUACAGCUGUCCUCAGUGCAGAGACACUUUCACUCCGAGGCCUGUUCUACGCAGAAACAACAUGCUGGCUGAAGUGGUGGAGAAACUGAAGAAGACUGAAGUCCAAGCUGCUUCUCCUGCUCACUGCUACGCUGGACCUGGAGAUGUGGAGUGUGAUUUCUGCACCGGGAGGAAAUACAAAGCCGUCAAGUCCUGUCUGAUGUGUCUGGCUUCUUUUUGUGAAACUCAUCUGAAACCUCAUCUAGAAGUUUCUGCUUUGAAAAAGCACACAUUAAUCAAAGCCUCCUCAAAGCUCCAAGAGAAGAUCUGCUCUCAACAUGACAAACUGAUCGAGAUCUACUGUCGCACUGACCAAAGGUGUAUUUGUUCUUUGUGCAUGUUGGAGAAUCACAAAGGACAUGACGCUGUAUCACUUUCAGCAGCGAGAACUGAGAAACAGAGUGAGUUAAAGGAGCAGCAGAUGAAAUCCCAGCAGAGAAUCCAAGAGAAGCAGAAGAAGGUGCAGGAGCUGAAACAGACUGUGAACACAAUUAAGUCCCGUGCUCAGACAGCAGUGGAGGACAGUGAGAUUAUCUUUACUGAGAUGAUCAGCUCCAUGGAGAAAAAGCGCUCGGAGGUGACGGAGCUGAUCAGAGCUCAGGAGAAGGCUGAACUGAGUCGAGCUGAACGACUCCUGGAGCAACUGGAGCAGGAGAUCACUGAUCUUCAGAGGAGAGUCACUGAGCUGGAGCAGCUUUCACACACACACGAUCACAUCCACUUCCUCCAGGAUUUAGCUUCUGGAUGUCGGUCUCCUCCAUUAGACAUACCAGAGUUUCACACAUCCAGCAUCACUGUCCAUCAAAAUCUCUCAUUUGAUGGAGUGAGGAAUUCUCUCUCAGAUCUGAAGAAGAGACUCGAGGAAUUCUGUGAGGAGGAAUUCAACAAAAUCCCACCACAUGCUGCAGCUGUUCAGAUCAUUUCACCAUCAGAGCCACAGAGCAGAGAAGACUUUCUGAAAUAUUUUUGUUAUCUGACUCUUGAUCCCAACACGGCACAUCGUAACCUCAUUCUCUCUGAGAUGAACAGAACUGUGACAAACAGUGGGAGAGAGCUGCAGUACUCUGAUCAUCCAGAGAGAUUUGACUCCUUGUGUCAGGUGUUGUGUAAGGAGAGUGUGUGUGGACGCUGUUACUGGGAGGUGGAGUGGAGCGGUGCUGAUGUGUCCAUCUCGGUGUCGUAUAAAAACAUCAGGAGGAAAGAACGGGGUAAAGAGUGUGGGUUAGGACGCAACAAUCAGUCCUGGAGUCUGCGGUGCUCUUCUUCUCUCUAUUUCUAUCACAACAACAUUAAAACUGAGCUCAGAGUUCCAUCAUCCUCCAGAAUAGGAGUGUAUGUGGAUCACAGUGCAGGAAGUCUGUCCUUCUACAGCAUCUCUGACAUGAGACUCCUCCACAGAGUCCACACCACAUUCACUCAGCCUCUAUACGCUGGGUUUAGGCUCUACUGGUUUGGUUCUACUGUGAGAUUGUGUGAUCCAAAAUAAAGUGUGUAGUGUUUUAUGUAAAAUUCCUGCACGUUGCCACAUUGUUUUUGUGCAGCUGGAUUGUGUGCUAGUAAGACAGAUGACUGAGCAACAGUCAUUUUAAUGUAUUAAUUAAAACUGAUUUUACAAUAGUUAAAAAUAAAUGUUAAAAAUUAACUGUCAGACAAGAAACCUUAGCAUAAUGAAGUUCUAUCUGUUUGUUUCAUAUUAAGCAACGUCUCAUUAAAUAACUAAUAAACAGUAAUAAAGACAGUACAGAACAACAUUUUAAACCUGUUAAGGUCACACUAUAUAAAAAUAAAAUAUAAUAUUUUGAAGGAAUUUUAUUUUUCUGCUUGUAUUCGAAGAUGUAAAAUACACAUUAAACUCUUUAAAAUCUGAAGUUGUUUCUAAACCCUGAAAUUUCAUUAAAACAUUUAACAUAUUUAAAAUCCAUUAGAACAUACAGUACAUGAUUGGUUAAGGCUGCCUAUGUUGUGUUCAUCCCAUAUUCAGCCUGGAUUAUGAUUGGCCGGCAGAUAGAACCUCAUAAAUCCAAGUUUAUCUGUGGGUUUGGAAUUUGUCUUAAAAUAUUACAAUUAAAGCUCAAAUAAUUUUUGGCUUAAUUUUUUUAAGCCAAAUCAAUUUCAACAUAUAUUUUCAAAUUAUUUCAACUACAGUGUCUUCAGUGUGGUGUUUUAUCUUUUACUGUUCUAAUAUAUUGUGUGUGUGUGUAUAAUGAUGAUAAAUAUGUCUCUGUUAACUGUAUCUGUCUGUGGUCUGACUCCUGAUUUGGAAUUUUGAAUAUGAUUGUUCAUUUUCAAUAAAAUAAAGCAAUAAAUCCA